AUGUCGGAGGCGCCGAUCCAGUACUGCGUGUGCCAGCAGGUGGACAGCGCGGGGCUCAUGAUCGAGUGCAGUCGCGGUACGGGCGGCUGCAAUAGCUGGGUGCACCCCGCCUGCUGCGGACUCGUUCUUACCGAAACAGAGCUCGAGGCCAUCGACAGCUACAUUUGCCCGCUCUGCGAGUCGCCGGACGACGACUUUAGCAAGAUGGCGGCGGUCAACACGAAGCGGGCCAACAAGAUGGCGCUCAAGGCGCGCGAGAAGUCCAAGCAGCCCAAAAAGGACAAGAAGAAGAAGGAGAAGAAGGAAAAGAAGGAAAAAAAGCGCAAGCGCGAGAAGAGCGGCGACGACCACAAGUCUUUGACGUGGAAGUGCAAGGCGUGCGCCGGAAAGCAGUGGUACCGCGCCAUCUACGAGCGCAACACUGCGUUCCUCAUGCGCGGAACCAACCCGAGCAACGCUCCCAACUUGAUGAACGUCAUGAUGGAGCUUCGCAAGUGCUGCAACCAUCCGUACCUCAACAACGGCGUCGAAGACGCACUUUGCGAGGGCCUUGAGUCCGAGGCGCAGCGCUACGAAAUGCUCGUCAAGUGCUGCGGCAAGAUGGUUCUCCUUGACAAGCUGCUUCCACGGCUCAAGGAGGGCGGUCACAAGGUGCUCAUCUUCAGCCAAAUGGUGCGCGUCCUGGAUCUUCUUGAAGACUACAUACGCAACAGUGGCCACCUGUACGAGCGUCUCGACGGCAACAUUCGCGGCAACGAGCGCCAAGCUGCCGUAGAUCGUUUCGUCAAGCCCGAGUACCAGCGCUUCAUCAUGCUCCUAUCGACGAAAGCAGGCGGCCUUGGGCUCAACCUCACGGCGGCCGACACGGUCAUCAUUUACGACUCGGACUGGAAUCCGCAGAAUGACCUCCAAGCCCAGGCACGUGCGCACCGCAUCGGACAGACGCACUCGGUCAAAAUUUAUCGCCUCAUUACGCGCAAGACUUACGAGAUGCACAUGUUCCACAAGGCGAGUCUCAAGCUCGGCUUGGACCGGGCUGUGCUUACGCACAUGCGCCAAGAACAAGAUAAAGAGACAAAGAAGCCUGCGACGAAGUCCAAGGCCCAAGAAGCACAAGAGAUCGACGAGCUCCUCAAGCGCGGUGCAUACGAUGUGUUUCGCGACGAAGAUGACGCAUCGGAGCAGUUUUGUUCGGCCGACAUUGACACGCUUCUCAAGCGCAGCUCGCAGAUCGUGCAGUACGAAGCACAAGCCCGCGGGUCGUUCUCGAAGGCCAGCUUCGUUUCGGCAGCGACUGCAGACGACGUCGACAUCGAUGAUCCGGACUUUUGGAAGAAGGCCGUUGGUCUCGCUGAGCCCGAAGCCGUAGACGAAGCGUCAUCGCUCGUUCUUAGCUCGCAGCGAAAGCGAACUCGUGUCGCUCGCUUUGGCACAACGAAAGACUUGGUCUCAGACGAUGAGGACGAAGACGAGAUCAAGAAGGACAACGAGAAGGCACUCGCGGUCUCUCGCGAGUGGACUGUCAACGGCCGGGAUCGGCUCCAGCGCGCCCUUAUGCACUUUGGCUUUGGGCGAUGGGAAAUUGUCCGCAGCCAGAGUGGCGGGUCACGAUCCGUCGAAGAAGUCGAAGCGUUUGCCCGUGCGUUCGUGCUCGUGUGUGGACUGUGCUGUAGCGGCGCGACGCAAGCGAGCGACUCGACGUUUGUCCAGAGCGCGAUACGCGCCGCGUCAACGGUCAAGUCCGAGUACCUUACAAACGUUGAUGACCGCGAGGUGUGGACCGAGCGCGCAACGGAGCACAUUCCGAUUGUUCUCCAAGAAGACGACUUCGUGUCCAAGCUCAAGCAGGGUGGUGCUCGACGAGUGCUAUCUCGACUCGAUAUUCUCAGCCGCCUCCAACACAAGAUCAAUGCCGCGUGUGAAGCAAUUGCAGCGCGGGACAACCUCGUUUUGCCUCUCGACUUGGACGCGCGGGUCGAUCUCGUUGGCUUGGAUCGACUCCUCGAGGGUCUCGGCACAGUUAACGUGCCGGAUCGCCCGCAGUGGUCCGCCUUGACGCCGUGGUGGGACACGUCGGCAGACAAGAACCUGUGCGCGGGUGUCUUCUUGCACGGGUACGGACGCUGCGCUCAAAUCCUUGGCGACCCCCGUAUCGUGUUUCAGCAGCGCGAGGCUGCGUUUGAACCGUCGCCGGCGUGCGACGAUGAACCGACGCCAGUCAAGUUCCAGCAGCCAGAAGUGCAGCAAAUGAAUCGGCUGCUCAUUUGGCUUCUCUCCAUUGAAGAUGUCCAGCGGCAAAAACAGCAAGAGAAGCGUGACAAGUCGUCAUCCGAGGUUGUACGCACGACAACGCUCGAGCAGUCGCAAAAAGUCGCAGUUCUUCGGCGACAAGACGCCCUUACGUGGCAGCUUGUGCACCUUGACCUACUCCGGCAUUCAGUUCAGCUCCAAAACGCGCAGGUAUGGUCACUCGUGGCGGACGCGAGCGAGACAGGCUUCGUCAAGGACUGGAGCAUCGACGAGCGUCAGUCUGUGAGCUACGUUCUCAGCCUCUGUGGUGCGCCGCUGCUCUUGUCGAGCUACGGGGAAUGGAGUUGGCUUCAAGUCGUCGAGGCGGCGCGCGUUCACAAGUCCGCAGCGCGCACGCAGCGCUACGCGUACGACCGCGUGCUCGGCAAAUGCCAUGAGCUUCUGGGCAAAGACCUUUGCGCGCCACGAUCGCAGAACGAAGUGACGUUUGUGGACCCGUUCCAAGUCGCCGCGUUGCAUGGAGCCAAAGCCAAGGUGCUCGCAGGCUUGCUUUUGCGACGGACGCAAGUUUACCGUGCAGUUUCGCACGUCCUACACAACCAAGAGGGCGAUCUGCGACGACUGCUUCGAUCAGGUCUUCCAUGGCUCUGUGACGGGAUGCCUGCAUGGUGGUGCCCGUGGCGCCACGAUAUGGCGCUGCUGCAAGCAGUGCUGCGCUUUGGCGUCGGGGCGUUCUUGCAGUUGCAUCACCAUGGCGAGCUGUGUGUGCGCCGUGUCGUUGACCACGUGCACAAGACGUUUGUUGCAAAUGGACGUCCGCGCGAUGAGUCGAUGGUGUUCACGUCGCCGCUCGACUUCAAACAGUGGUUGCUCGCUACGUGUGUGUCGUUUCCAGCGGUGCAGUUGCUCGAACAAAAGCUCAUGCGUCUAUGUUUUGCGCUCACGGACAGCCUACCGACGAUGCACGAGAGCAAGCUGAGCCCCGAGUACGAGCUCGAUAGUGUCAUGCCGAUGCCGAUGGUGGACAGUGUCGUCAACAAUCAGCGCGCCGCCAUUUUGCUCACGCUGCAGACGUCGCGUCCAAGAAAAGCGGUGUCACCAUCACUGCGAGAAGUUAUGGAUCGAACCAAAGCCACCCGCGAUGCGUAUGAGCACAACGCCGUCACGUGUUGA